GUGGAGUAAGGAUUAAACAAGGACUGACUGCCUUUCCUGCCAGCCAUGGGUCAGGAUUAUUACUCUGUGCUCCAGAUCACUCGCAAUUCAGAGGAUGCCCAGAUCAAGAAGGCGUACCGGAAACUGGCGCUUAAGAACCACCCGAUGAAGUCCAUUGAGCCAUCCGCAGCAGAGACAUUCAUGCAAAUCGCAGAGGCCUAUGAUGUGCUCAGCGACCCUGUGAAGAGAAGCAUCUAUGACAAGUUUGGAGAGGAGGGCCUGAAAGGCGGGAUUCCUCUGGAAUUUGGAUCCCAGACCCCAUGGACCACUGGUUACGUCUUCCACGGCAACCCUGAUAAGGUUUUCCAUGAGUUCUUCGGAGGAGACAACCCCUUUAGUGAGUUUUUUGAUCCAGAAGAAUGUGAGGUAGAUUUGAACUUCGGGGGUCUCCGAGGCCGAGGGGUCAAGAAACAGGAUUUCCCAAUCGAACGAGACCUCUAUCUAUCCCUGGAGGAUUUAUUCUUUGGCUGCACCAAGAAAAUUAAGAUCUCCAGAAGGGUGCUGAAUGAGGAUGGGUACUCCUCUACCAUCAAGGACAAGAUUCUCACGAUUGAUGUGAAACCUGGUUGGAGGCAGGGCACACGGAUCACCUUUGAGAAGGAAGGGGACCAGGGCCCCAACAUUAUCCCAGCCGACAUCAUCUUCAUUGUAAAGGAGAAGCUACACCCUCGCUUCCGCAGGGAGAAUGACAACCUCCUUUUUGUGAACUCCAUUCCCUUGGGCAAGGCUCUGACAUGCUGCACCGUGGAGGUGAAGACCUUGGAUGAUCGUCUGCUCAAUAUCCCCAUCAACGACAUUGUCCAUCCCAAGUACUUCAAGAAGGUGCCAGGUGAGGGGAUGCCACUGCCUGAGGACCCCACUAAGAAGGGGGAUCUCUUCAUCUUCUUCGACAUCCAGUUCCCCACCCACCUCACACCCCAAAAGAAGCAUAUGCUGCGCCAGGCAUUGCUGACAUAACUCUGGUGAGCUGAGGGCCGGAGCAGGGGAGGAGAAGGCUAGCUGGGCCUUAACCCAUGCCUGUCCCAGGAUGUGUGGGUGAGCCAGCCCCCUGCAUAGGUGUGACGUGAAGACGGGAUGGCCUGGGACUUUUAAACUGACACAAUAAAGAUGUAUUUCCUAUCCUC